AUGCAACAACGCGCAGAAGCUGAUUUACCAAGAAGCAACACUGUAAGGCAACCCUUAAAAUCCAAAAGGGAAAGAGCUGAUGAGGAUGACCUUUUUGAUGAUUCUGAGACAGAAAAGCCUACCAAGAAGAAGAGAAAACCUAAACUAAUUGUUGGAGCAUACUGUCUCGGACAAAUUACGAAAAUAAAUGCUCUGGAUAUGAUCAUAUCUCUUCCAAACCAGUUAAAAGGCAUUGUUACUAUUACAGGCAUUUCUGAACAGUUGUCCAAGAAAGCUGCAGAUAUCGCCAAUAUGAACGAUGGUGACGACGACGAUGAUGAAGAUCAAUUACUAGAAUUAUCAAAAUUAUUCAAAGUUGGUCAAUGGGUUCGAUGUGUGAUUACAAGACUGGGAAAUAAUGAUGACCAAAUAAAAAACAAGCAAAUCGAAUUAAGUUUGGAUCCAAAACUUGUAAAUUGUGAUAUUGUCCGCACCGACAUUUCUAAAGGCAUGAUAUUAUCUGCUUCCGUUGAAAGUAUAGAAGAUCACGGCUAUGUUCUCUCAAUUGGAAUGAGCGGAAUAAAUGUUUUUUUACAUAAUAAAGAAGCGUCAGAUUAUGAAUCAAAAUUCAACAAUAGUCGUCCACUUAUUGUGGGUCAAUUAUUAAAUGUUAGUGUCAUCAGCGCAGCUAAUAAAAAUCUAAUAAUUCAAGUAACCGCUAAUCCAGAUACUGUCUCAAGCGCAACUUUGCCUGACAAAGCUAUGCAAAAUAUAAGUUCACUUGCUCCCGGAAAUUUGAUUAAGGCGCGCGUUGAUAAAGUACUCGAUCAUGGCAUCAUAUGUAAAUACAACGGAAUGAAGUGUGAAAUUGAUUUUUUACACCUUGGGAAAAUAAUGUCAUCAAAUACACAGAAUCUAAAUAAAGUCUUUAAUGAGGGUGAAGAGAUCACUGCAAGAAUUGUUUAUUUAUCAAUCUCAAAUGAAACAAAGACAAUUAGAUUGUCUCUUGAAUCACAUAUUCUUCAACUUGAACCGUCUAGAAAUGUAUUUCCGAUUGGUGUUCAACUAGGAGAGGUUGUUAAAGUUAUUAUUACUAACACGCGAACGAUUAAAGAAGACAUCAUAACAUUAUCUUUGGAACCCUCACAAAUUCAUGCUAAUCUCAAUAUAGCACAUUUAUCCGAUCACUUGUCACCUACUCAUCUUUCAAACAUUGUUAAAUCGUUAAAGCCAGGUUACAUGUUAAAGGAUCUAAUAAUAAUUUCAAAAAACGAUGAAAAAGGGUUUGUAAAUGUAAGCAAUAAGCAUUUACUUAUUGAAGCUGCAAAAAAUGGUAAAUUGCCUAAAUCAAUACAAGAUAUCGAAGUAGGUAGCAUAGUACCAGGAUAUGUGAGAAGCAUUACAGAUUACGCUGUAUUUAUUGGAUUUCUGGGGGGAUUUAGUGCAAGAGCCAUGAGACAUAUGAUUGCUGACCAUUAUGUUGCAAGCCCAGCUGGGUUAUUUUAUCCUCAACAAUCGGUCAUUUGCCGCGUAGUCUCGAUUGAUAGUGAAAAUUCAAGGUGCGAAGUGUCUUUAAAAUUAUCGGAUACACCCGUUACCGCACUUCCAUAUAUACCACGAGGCGAUUUUGUAAGAACUUAUUUUAAUGAACUUUUGCCUCAAAAUGGACAAGAAUCACUUUUAACCAUAGAGAAAAAGGCCAAUAUCGGUGAGUUAGUUAAAUGUAAGGUGAAGAAACAAAUAUCCGAACAUGGAAUAUCUGGAUUUAAAGUGAAUGUCCUCUUAGUGGAUAAUACGGACGUUAAGAUAAAAGGAUUUAUACAUGAAGAUCAAGUCAACUGUAAAGAUAAAGAGGUUAAUGAAAAUGACAUUUUGGAUGGUGUUGUACUUGAUUUAGAUAUGAAAGGAAAACAAGCAGAUUUGGCCGUAAGGUCAGAGUUAGUAGACCAAUUUAAGCUACAGAAUAGCCAACCGAUCAGUAAUAAAUAUAAGAAGCUCAGGAAAAUUGCCAAAGAGGGUACUACAGUUGAUGCCGUUAUUGAAUUAGUUAAAGAGGAUUAUAUUAUUGUUUCUCUUCCAGAACAAUGGAAUACUAUUGCAUUUGCUGCGGCAAAAAGUUAUAAUAAUCGAACGCAACCCUUUAUGCGAUAUUCAUUUGGGCAAAAAGUGAAAGUACAAAUAGUUCACGUUCCACAAUUAAAUGACGGCAGUAAUAUAAACAAUCAUAGCGUAAUAGAUCGUAUUUUGGUGGCAUUUCAACAAGCAUCAAAUGAAGAAAAAAUCAUCGUUCCAAAUAUGAAAUCUAUUAAAGAUUUUUCUCCUGGCCAAAAAGUUAAGGGUAUUAUAACUGCAGUAGAAAAAUAUGGCGUUUUUAUUAAGAUUAACAAUAGUUCUGUGAGUGGUCUCUGUCAUAUAUCAAAAUUGUCAGAAGACUUUGUCAGAGAUGUAUCAGCACUAUAUAAAACUGGGCAAUAUAUAACCGCGGUGAUUUUGGACAUUGAUUAUAUUACACAAAAAGUCGCUUUUGGAAUUAAAAAUUCGUGCUUUAAGGAUUAUGGUAUAGAUUUACUUGAUGAAUCAGAUCAAGAUAUGGAAGAUACCAUAGAUGUUGAAGAUGAUGCAGCAAAAUCAAACUUACAGAUGGAAAUUGAUCAACAAAAUCAAGUGACUGAUUUUAGUGAAAGUGAUAAUGAGAUGGUUGAAGCAAACAAAAUUACGCAAAAGAUUGAAAUUACGCCCUUACCAAUUUCCGGUGCUUGGAAAUGGGAAGAUGAAAAAAAAACUGAUGUGCCCAGCAACAAUAAUGAUGAUCAAUCCAAUGAUGAAAAAUUGAAAGAAAUACCAGGAAAAAAAAAAAAGAAGAAAUCCAAAACAAUCGACGCAGUAGAUAAAACAGAAGAUUUAUUAAAGCAUAAACCAGAAGUUAAUGCGGAUUUUGAACGAUUACUAUUGGGUUCGCCUAAUUCAUCGUAUUUAUGGAUCAAUUACAUGGCUCAUCAACUCAAACUUUCUGAAAUAGAUAAGGCACGUGAAAUUGGUGAACGUGCUCUUAAAACUAUAAAUUAUAGAGAGGAACAAGAGAAGAUGAAUAUAUGGGUCGCUCUUAUGAAUUUAGAGAAUAAUUUUGGAACAGAUGAAAGUCUCGGAGACAUAUUGAAACGAGCAUUACAGGCCUGCGAUCAGAAGAAAAUAUAUAUGCUGCUCGUGGAUAUUUAUGAGCGCUCAGACAAGAAAGAGCUUGCAAAACAAACCUAUCAAACUAUGUUGAAGAAAUUUUCUCAAAGCUCCAAAGUUUGGACUAAAAUGGGGUUAUUUCAUAUAAAGAACGGUAACGUUCAAGCUUCUCGUGAUUUACUUCAACGAAGUUUACGUUCCUUGCCAAAACGAAAACAUAUUAAAGCCAUAACCAAAUUUGCACAAAUGGAGUUCAAAUAUGGAGAGGCUGAGAGGGGUCGUACGAUAUUCGAAGGAAUGAUGAGUAAUUAUUCCAAGAGAGUAGACUUGUGGUCUAUAUAUGUUGACAUGGAAAUAAAAGCUGGUGAUUUUGACAUAGUUCGGUAG